AUGGAUCGAGAUUCGAGAGUCGAACUUGAACCUCAAGCGAUCCAGAUCCAACCAUUCCAGCCUAGGAGGGCUGGGGCGACUCCCAAGGAAGCACAUCGGGAGCUGGACCGUGUCUCUCACGAGGACACGGGGCAGCCGUUUAGGCUGGACUCGCCGAAGACCCUGGAACAGGGGAUUGCGAUAACGUCUGUUGCAGCGCUCUCGCCCGAGCUUGAGAUGAAUGACCCGGGCAUGGAGGAGUUUCUGUGGGAGCUUAGUGAGGAGCUUGUAGGAGGGUUUGAACCUCCAGAAGCUUAG